AUGCCUGUCGCUAAGCGCCGGAAGUUAAGCGAUACCCACGUAGACACUCCCGCCGCACCCAUGGAGGCCCAGCCAGAACCAGAUAAAAUAACCGAUUCAAUACAAGACUCAUCGAAUUCAAACCCGACGCUCCAAGGAAAACCAAUAACAACAGAGGAGACCACGGAAGUAAACGUAGCGGAAUCUACUUCGACCGCACCCGCCGCUCCUCCACCCAACACAAAUACCAAUUCCGAUCGUCUUGCCCGCUUCGCCGCUUUGAAGUCGCGAGCAGCGGCUUCAUCAAAAUCCAAUCUCGCCGAGACCAAAUCCGAAGCUCAGAGGGCAGCAAUUGAUUCUUCUGUAUUAGCGAACCUCUCCCGGCGCAGCGCCAUCGCCUCACACAACCUUCUCAAAGCCGAUACGGAAGAAGAACAUGGCGAGGGCGGAUUCGAGCGCAAGCGCGCCUGGGAUUACACGAUAGAGGAAUCCGAGCGAUGGGACGAGCGGAUGGAGCGGAAAAAACUUGCGCGCGACAACGUCCACUUCCAAGACUACUCUUCGGAGGCAGGCAAGAUCUACGACAAGCAGAUCCGGGACCUGGAGAAAGCGGCGCGGAAAGACAAUGGCAAGAACAGAGAAGACUACGAGGCCCAAAAGGCCGAAAUCAUCCAGAAUGCGGCGAGGACGGGUGGCCUGGAGAUUGUCGAGCUGGACAACGGGGAGCUCGUGGCCAUUGACAAGGACGGCCGCUUCUAUGCCGACAACGACAGCACGGGAUUCGUCGAGCAGAAACCCAAGCGCGAGAAUGUUGACCGGCUGGUCGCGGACUUGAAGAAAGCGGAUGAUAUCCGUAUGAAGAAACGGAAGGACCGUGGUCGUGAGGAGAACGACGGCGAUGUCACGUAUAUCAACGAGAAGAACAAGCAAUUCAAUCUCAAAUUGGCGCGGUUCUAUGAUCGGUAUACGACCGACAUCCGGGAGAGCUUUGAGCGAGGGACGGCCAUUUGA